CUGCAAGCGGUCAUCUCGCCAUGGCGACGUUGCGUUAGCAUGACAACCGAGUAGGGUCAGGUCAGGUUAAUUACGUAACAGCCCGAUGGUCGGAGAAUGUUAUGUAAUUUCUCUCUCACCUCCGCCAGUCGCUGCAUUUUGCGAUUUGCAUUCGAUCGGGACACUUUACAACGCUUAUAGACGGUGUACUUUUUUUUAUAACUACCUCAGUUUUUGUGAUUAGACGGGAGAAGUUCACUUCAGUGUAAAGAGACAAUAAACAUAAAAAUGCAUCACUCCCCGGAAAAGUCUUUCGAUCAGACGAGAUUUUCUUCGUCGUCUAAUACUUCUACGCCAUCACCAGGGAAUCCAUCUUCCGAAGAAGCAUCAAAUUCUUUCUUUAGUCCUGGAGCAAAUUCUAAAAUUGGUAUGACUAGUCCGUCUUCAUCUAAUGGAAAAAUGAAGAAAAACGCCCCUUAUAUUCCAAGUUAUAUGGACUUGACAAAUGGUCCGGAACCGUGUGUUGUUUGUGGAGACGCGGCAACGGGUUAUCAUUAUCGGUGUAUGACAUGCGAAGGUUGCAAAGGUUUCUUCAGAAGAACAAUACAAAAGAAUUUACAAUAUCACUGCAAAUGGAACGGUCAAUGCUCGAUAGAUAAAAAUACGAGAAAUCAGUGCCAGCAAUGUAGAUUUCAAAAGUGUAUUAGGGUUGGAAUGGCUACAGACUUAGUCUUAAACGAGAAACAAAGAGUCGCUAAACGCAAACUGAUCGAAGAUAAUAGGGAAAGAAGGCGGCAAGAACAAACAGUACAAAGCACUCGAGUUAAACAGCAGCACGAAAAUUGUAUUCACGACUGUUUGACAAAUGAAGAUAAGAUCUUGAUUGCCGAAAUAAUGAAGGCCUAUUCACAGACUAAUACUUCUCAGAAUUAUAUAAUACCCGAAAGAGAAAUUCUCGGAAGGGAGAGGAUGGGCUCAGCCGAUCCAAAAUUAUGGAAACAUCUUGCCGAAGUAAUGACCCCUUCAAUCAUUAGAGUAGUUGAAUUCGCAAAAAAAUUACCCGGUUUUAAUCAAUUGGAUUUGGACGAUCAAAUCCUGUUGUUAAAGUCUUCCUGUAUGGAAAUUAUGUGCCUAAGGGCGGCAUAUAAGUAUGAUGUACGAAAUGGAUUGUCAAUAAUGGACGGUGAAAAGGAUAGCGGUUUUACUCUACUUAUUGAACCUAUAAGAGAAUUUGCAAUCGGCCUGUCUAAAUUACAGCUGGAUGAUACAGAAGUGGCACUUUUAGCUGCUGUUUUGCUAAUGCAAGCAGAUCGUUCUGGUUUGAAGAACCAAGAAGAAGUUGAAUCAAUACAAGAUUCCAUUUUAGGAGCGUAUAAACGUUAUAUAUCAGAAAAAAGACCUCAUCAACCAAUCCAUUGGGCAAAGGUUUUAAUGAAGAUUACAGACUUGAGAUCCAUAACAUCAAAACAUGCCGAAAAAAUUAUGAAUAUCAAAUUAGAUCAAGCUUUUACAAUGCCUCAACAAGUUGCAAAUGUUUUCGAAGGUGCUACCAGUGUUGAAGUUACAAGUGACUAUCUUCCGUCUUAUCCUAGUUGGCCUUUAAUGCCGUUACACCACGUUGUUCCAAACAUGACUUCCAAAAGCUGAUUUGUCUUUCUCAAACUCUGUCUCUCUCUCUUUCUCUCUCUGUCUGUGUCUCUCCUUUCUAUCCCUUUCUAUCUAUUUCUAUCUAUUUUUCCAUGCAUAUGUUUGUGACGUUUUUUAAAAAAUAAUUUUUUAAUACGAAAAGGAAGAAACAAGAAAUAAAAUUUGCACAGAGCUUCGUUUUUGUAACAAAGGAGAAAUUUGUCUCUUUCUUUCCAAAUUACUGAUGUAGUACGCCAUCUAUCGGAUUUUUGACAAAGCAAGCACCAUUCGUUUACGGUUAAUACAGACAAGCUAUAAGGGAUUACAGUAGUAGUUUAUUCUGCGAUAAUUUGACGAAAGUAGC